AUGCCACCUUCAGGAUGGGCUUUGAGGAAAUGUGGGGCUUUAACAGACAAACAAUAGCGCUCCUGCAAAUCGCAUUACCUCAAGUCAUAUGUAUUGCGUUUGAGGAAACGAACGAAAUAAGAAGGGCUUCUUAACCGAGUUGUUUUACGCCCCUGACGGCAAGGAAGCAGCGAAAAAGUAAAACAAAAUCUACCGACUCCCAAGUGAAUAAUUUCAGGUCUGUAGUAUUGGCUGACGGACCGUGUAAACGCGGCUUGUAAAAGGAUCCCACCGUGGUUGGUCGUGGUGUAUAGAAAGGAGCCCACUCAGCUCUCCAGGCUCCUCAGCCAUGGCGCUGCUGGCCUACCUGAAGAGCCUGUUCAUCCUGCAGCUGCUGAUGGGCUUUGUGUUCGUGGUGAGCGGCCUCAUCAUAAACUUCAUUCAGCUCUGCACCUGCAUCCUCUGGCCCAUCAACAAACGGCUCUAUCGCAUAAUCAACUGCCGGCUCGCCUACUCCCUCUGGAGUCAGCUGGUGAUGCUGCUGGAGUGGUGGUCGGGCACAGAAUGCACACUAUACACCGACCAAGCUACGGUGGACAAGUUUGGCAAAGAGCAUGUAAUCACCAUCCUCAACCACAACUAUGAGAUUGACUUCCUGUGUGGCUGGACUAUGUGUGAAAGAUAUGGCAUCCUAGGGAGUUCAAAAGUGCUAGCCAAACACGAGUUACUGAAGGUUCCUCUGAUUGGCUGGACCUGGUACUUCCUAGAAAUAGUCUUCUGCAAAAGAAAGUGGGAAGAGGACCGGAAGACUGUCUUCAGUUCACUGAAUAGGCUCAAAGACUAUCCUGAAUAUAUGUGGUUUCUGCUGUAUUGCGAGGGCACCCGCUUCACAGAGGCCAAGCACCAAAUCAGUAUGCAGGUUGCAGAGAGCAAAGGCCUGCCCAAACUCAAAUACCACCUACUGCCCCGAACCAAAGGAUUCACCACCACCCUGCAGUGUCUUAAGGGCACAGUAACUGCUGUGUAUGAUGUGACUCUCAACUUCAAAGACAACCAAACCCCCACUCUCCUGGGCAUCGUCAGCGGCAAGAAAUACAAAGCUGACCUGAGUGUAAGGCGGUUUCCGGUGGAGGACAUACCCGAUGAUGAGAAAGAGUGUGCCAUCUGGCUGCACAAGCUCUACCAGGAGAAGGAUGCCUUACAGGAAAGCUACAAAAAGGAAGGCAAGUUCCCCGGACCCACAAUCACUCCUAAACGCCGGCCAUGGACGCUGCUGAACUUCCUGUUCUGGGCCACCGUGCUGCUUUCGCCCCUCAUCAACUUUGCUUAUGGAGUGGCUGUCAGUGGCUCCCCGCUCCUCAUCAUUGGCUUCAUCAUCUUCCUCAUCAUAGCCUCGAUAGCUAUCCGCCGCCUCAUAGGGGUCACCGAGGUGAAGAAAACAGGCUCCAGUUACGGCAACCCGGAGGCCAAGAAAGAAAACUAAAGUGUCACCCUCCUCCGUGUGCGGUCACCCUGCGGCGUCUAACCCCUGCCCGCCUCCAUUCUCCUCCUUCUGUUGAGUCAGUUGGCAGGCUAGGGAGGAGACCCAGCUGUGAAAACAUAAUAGAGCCCAGAGAUAGAAAUACUAAUGGCACUAGUGAGAGAGAGCAUGGACAGUGUGGGCUUCACGCUCUCUGGUGUACAGAACAUGAGGAGGGGGAGAUGCAGCACUAUAUUCCCCUUGUUUCUUUCUUAAUCCCUCAUCCAUGUCCUUUAAGAUCCCGCUAACACUCAGGGUUAAGCUCCUAACCUGUGUGAGGUCACAUUUCCUGCUCUCCACUUCCUGUCAGUCAUCAGCCAAUCAGGGAGGGGCUCAUUCUUAUUGCCCAAAGACCACAAGCCGAUCUGUAUCUGAUCUUUUUAAUCUUAACCACCGAGGGGCAGUGUGUUUCUGCAGCAGCGUACAUCACUCUUUUCCUCACCCACUGGGACUUGUAAUCAGAACUGGUGCCUUGAGGCCCAGCCUGUUCUCCUUUAUCUUAAAGAGUCAUUUCACCCGAAUCACAGAACGAGUACCUGUUAACCUCCAGGUAUCAAGCCAUGCAGAUAGGUUUCAUUGUAUGGGCCAAUCCAAUACAAUGCAGGGAGGUCCAUUUUGCUCAAAUCAUUGCAAAGUACAUUUGAAAAACUUCAACAGCAAUGUGUCUUUCAGAAUAUAAGUCUAUUACUUUGGAUCAUUUCUGAAUAUGUUCAUCAUUACCUAAGUUGGUAGUGAAAACUGACCAUAUUGUUGGAUCAUCCAAGUAGUAAGCACAUUUCUGUUUUUGGAGAGGGACCUUGCUCUUGAGUUUUUCAAUAUUUUAAUUACUUUAAGCACCACCAACAACAUCACCUCACCUGUAUUGUCCAACAUCAUCUCCCCAAGGGCUCCCAAUGUGAAAUCUGUCCUCAUCAAGGACACCUGCCAUCUGUUACAGGUCUCAUGCGUCGCCCUCACCAACAACACACACGGAGUCACCCCGACACAUUAUUAUUAAUUUUCCCAUCUCGGUUCCUAUUUGACUUACUUAAUAGGACAUCGCAUGUAUGUUGUUUAUCAUUUUGACGAUUUCUUACCCCCUAAAUGUGACGUUGAAUCAACCAGCAAACCCAGUCGAAACACUGAAGCAGUUCAAUCGACCAAUCCCCGGUCCAGAAAAGGUCAGCUGUCUACAUGUAGCGUCGCAGUACUGAUGUUUUAACCUUUGCCUUAAAUCAAGCUUGCUCAGGCGAGGGAUUGCUUAUUCGCCACCCCUUUAAAACAGCACCCAUUUCUUACCUCUGCGCUCUGGCUGAAUAUUCAUCCUCUCCCUGCCAUCACAGGGCAUGGAGGAGCAGUGUGGAUUCAUUGGGUUUGAUUACCAAUGCCAAUGAGCAAAUAAAACCCUUGUUAUUCUUUCAAGUGAAAAGCUGUUGGUCCGUUAAAGGGCGUCCCCGUUCCUGUACAUCGUUUAUCAGUUAAACAAAGCUGCUUGCUUACACUCCAUGGGCAGGCAGCUCUGUUUACUCCCAACAUCGUAGCCAAUGUCGGUGCACAGCUCUAAAUAUUUCACAAUUUACAAAUCGGUCCUCCCAGAGUUGGUUCUAUUAAACUGCAACAAAUUAAACAUCGGCAGCUGCAGUAACAUUAGUGGAUUUCUUCCCCAAAACAAUGGUAGCAAGACAUGGAGGGGAUAUUUUGUGUUCUGCUCUCUCUCUCUCUCACCCCUCCCCUCCUGUGCCACCUGUAGUGUUAAUCAUUUAUUUUAGUUUUAAUUUGUCACUCCUCAGCAGCAAUACCUUGUGUACGUCCUCUCUCUGUAGCGUUAUGUCAACCCAGACAGAUUUCAUGCAAGCCUUAAUAGACACUGCUGCUUAAUUUUUGUGUGAAAAUGUAGAAGCUAAAUGAGCCCCUGUGGUAGUGAAGAAAAACAGUCCUCCGGUAUAGCAAGCAGGUUGCUGGGAUUAGUUGCCCUGCUGCUUCUUCUACAAUCUAACUUUCAAGAUUUAACAACUGGAUAAAGUCUGCUCCUAUGCACAAAGAGCUCUGUUCAUAAUCAACAUUUUUUACAAGGAGAUAUUUGAGUUGCUUUACCUCAAAUAUUUGUUAAAAGCUUUAGUAUCACGGCCUGCUCAAGAGAUCUGAUCAGAAUUCCAACUCAUUUCAAAGAUGCUGAGAAGUCCUGAUCAGUAUUUGGAAAAAGGUUUUUUAUUCAGAUCAGAAGUUUAACACAAGGUUGUUGUUUAUCUUUUUUCUGAGGUCUCCGAUGGAAUUAAAUAACAUUACAAAUUGAGAUUUAAAAAGUCUUUAAGUGGUGUCAGAGAUAAUUGAGUUAGUGGCACCUCUUGCGUCAGCUUUUCUUUGUUUUCUAAGGCUAUUUUUAUGUUUUCUUCAAUUAAAGCACUUAAGAAUAUUAAAGGAUUUCAUCACAAAGCAA